AUGCUGCCGCGCGUCGAUGCCGCGGCAGCGCAGCAUGGCAGCGGCGCUCGCAGCGGUCGCAAGCUGGUGGACAUGGCGCAGAAAGCGCGCGGGAGGACGCCUUUGAAGUACGAGGUCACCAUCAUCCCCUUCUUCUGCGGCGAGCUGCCGUCUGGCCUUGACAGGCUGUCGUUUGUGUGGGAGCGGGGAUCCAAGGUAUUUGCAACAGAGCCUGAGCCGGUUAACCCGCACACCAAGGCCUGCUUCUGGCAGCAGUACCUACGGCAGACCAUAACCGUGUACCAGGACGGGGGUGUGUUUGUGCCCAAGGAGUACACCCUCAAGGUGCAGGCCGUCAGGGCGCGCGGCCGGGGCGCCGAGGACCGCCGCACGGUGGGGAAGGUCAAGGUGGACCUGGCGGCGUUCUGCAAUGCAGAGGUGGAGCCGCUGCCGCGCGAGGUGUUCCUGCAGCUCAAGCCAGUAGGCAAGCUCAAGCUGUCGAUCAAGGCCGGCUGGCUCAAGGGCGCCGCCAUUGACCUGGACGCCCUCACUGAGGCCUCCUUCUACACGCAGCGCAGCGGGGAGGAGGCCGACCACUGCGGCGGCGGCACGGCACGCAGUCACUUUGGAGCGGGAGAGGAUGAGCAGGACUUGAGCGGGUUCGAGGGGGUCGCGGCGGCCGGCCAUGUCGGAAGUACAGGGGCGGUGGGCACCCCUGCGGCGGGUGCGCGUGGCGGUGCCGGCGGCGCGACGGCGGCUGGCCGGCAGCAGCAGCCGCAGCCGCAGGGCCAGCAGGGUGCAGCGGCCUCGUUGCCGGUGACGCAGCAGCACAAGGGGAGCCCUCUGGCAACCAUCAGCUCGCCGGCCAACAGCGCCACUGGCGGGUCACCGCGCAUCGCUGCAGCAGCGGUGGGCGGAGGUGCCCGGCCCAAGCUGCCAGGGGAGAUUGCACAGUUUGAGGUGCCCCUUUCGGCCGAGGAGCAGCGCGAGGAGGUGGAGCGCCAGAAGCGCAAGGUCAUGGAGGCGGCCGAGCAGCACAUUGCGGCCAUGCGUCGUGACAUGGAGGACGCCCUCAGGACAGAGCUGGUCCUGGCAAUGCAGUCACAGCGCACCGCCUGGUGGCAGGCACUCUGCUGCUGCUGGCCCAGGCGGCAGGCCUACGCGCGGCCGACAAAUGAGGUGGCUACGGUUGAGAUUGUGGCGCCAGGCGCCGCUGUGCCACUCACUUGUGCGGACCUCUAA